GUCAAUGGAACAGAAAUUGAAUAUGAAUUUGAAGAAAUUACUCUGGAGAGGGGGAAUUCUGGCCUGGGGUUCAGUAUUGCUGGAGGAACAGAUAACCCACACAUUGGGGAUGAUCCUGGGAUAUUCAUUACUAAGAUUAUACCAGGAGGAGCUGCAGCAGAGGAUGGAAGACUCAGGGUCAACGAUUGCAUCUUGCGAGUGAACGAGGUCGACGUGUCAGAAGUCUCACACAGCAAAGCCGUGGAGGCCCUAAAAGAGGCUGGCUCCAUAGUACGACUGUAUGUUCGUCGAAGAAGGCCUAUUCUGGAGACCGUGGUAGAGAUCAAGUUGUUCAAAGGACCUAAAGGUCUAGGAUUCAGUAUUGCAGGAGGAGUUGGAAACCAACACAUUCCUGGGGACAACAGCAUUUAUGUUACCAAGAUUAUUGAUGGAGGAGCUGCGCAAAAGGAUGGGAGAUUGCAGGUUGGAGAUAGACUUCUUAUGGUGAAUAAUUACAGUUUAGAAGAAGUUACCCAUGAAGAGGCAGUAGCGAUACUGAAGAACACAUCAGAUGUAGUGUAUCUGAAAGUUGGAAAGCCCACUACCAUUUACAUGACCGAUCCAUAUGGCCCACCAGAUAUUACUCACUCUUAUUCUCCACCAAUGGAAAAUCAUAUACUCUCUCCUGGAAACAAUGGCACUUUAGAGUACAAGGCAUCCCUGGCCCCUAUCUCACCAGGAAGAUACUCACCCAUUCCAAAGCACAUGCUUGUGGAGGACGACUACACCAGGCCUCCUGAACCUGUUUACAGCACUGUGAACAAACUGUGUGAUAAACCACCUUCUCCUAGGCACUAUUCCCCUGUCGAGUGUGACAAAAGCUUCCUUCUUACAGCUCCCUAUCCCCACUACCACGUAGGCCUGCUCCCUGACUCUGAGAUCACCAGUCAUUCCCAGCACAGCACUGCAACGCGUCCACCCACAGUGAGCUUGCAGCGGACCAUUUCUGUGGAAGGAGAGCCUCGAAAAAUCAUCCUGCACAAGGGCUCCACAGGACUUGGUUUUAACAUAGUGGGAGGAGAAGACGGGGAAGGCAUUUUCGUGUCUUUCAUCCUAGCAGGCGGGCCUGCCGAUCUCAGCGGAGAACUGCAGCGAGGGGAUCAAAUCUUGUCUGUGAAUGGUAUUGAUCUUCGAGGUGCUACCCAUGAGCAGGCUGCAGCUGCGCUGAAGGGAGCGGGGCAGACGGUAACAAUCAUAGCACAAUACCAGCCAGAGGAGUACGCUCGGUUUGAGGCAAAAAUCCAUGACCUGCGUGAGCAGAUGAUGAAUCACAGCAUGAGUUCUGGGUCCGGCUCCCUGAGGACUAAUCAGAAGAGGUCACUGUACGUCAGAGCCAUGUUUGACUAUGACAAGAGCAAAGACAGUGGCCUCCCAAGCCAAGGACUCAGCUUUAAGUAUGGAGACAUCCUUCAUGUCAUCAACGCCUCAGACGAUGAAUGGUGGCAGGCGAGAAGGGUCACUCUGGAGGGAGACAGCGAGGAGAUGGGAGUUAUACCCAGCAAGAGGAGAGUUGAAAGGAAGGAGCGUGCACGUUUGAAGACGGUGAAAUUCAACGCGAAACCUGGUGUAAUUGAUGCAAAAGGGUCAUUCAAUGACAAGCGUAAAAAGAACUUCAUCUUUUCACGAAAAUUCCCAUUCUACAAGAGCAAGGAGCAGAGUGAGCAGGAAACAAGUGAUCCAGAACGAGGCCAAGAAGACCUCAUCCUUUCUUAUGAACCUGUCACGAGACAGGAAAUUAAUUACACCAGGCCGGUGAUUAUCCUGGGUCCUAUGAAAGAUCGGAUCAAUGAUGAUUUGAUAUCUGAAUUCCCUGAUAAGUUUGGGUCGUGUGUACCACAUACCACACGGCCAAAGCGUGACUAUGAAGUGGAUGGGAGAGAUUAUCAUUUUGUCAUUUCAAGAGAACAAAUGGAAAAAGAUAUUCAAGAGCACAAAUUUAUAGAAGCUGGGCAGUACAACGAUAAUUUAUAUGGAACUAGUGUCCAGUCUGUGAGAUUCGUGGCAGAAAGGGGCAAGCACUGUAUACUCGAUGUGUCGGGAAAUGCUAUCAAACGACUACAAGUUGCACAACUCUAUCCCAUCGCUAUCUUCAUUAAGCCUAAAUCCUGGGAGCCUCUGAU